AUGGGGACGAAGCUUCCGACGAAAGAGGCCAAUCAGUUCAAACUUAUUGUGAAAUCGUACGAGACGAAGCAGUACAAGAAGGGACUCAAGGCUGCGGAUGCCAUUCUCAAGAAGUUCCCGGAGCAUGGCGAGACCCUGGCGAUGAAGGGCCUGAUAAUGAACUGCAUGGAGAAGAAGACCCAGGCUUAUGAGCUCGUGCGCAAGGGCCUCAAGUUCGACCUGUCAUCGCAUGUGUGCUGGCACGUGUACGGGCUGCUGUAUCGGUCGGACAGGGAGUACCGGGAUGCCAUCAAGUGCUACCUCAAUGCUCUGCGCAUCGACCCCAACAACCAGCAGAUCCUCAAAGACCUCUCGCUGCUGCAGGUGCAAAUGCGGGACACGGCAGGGUUUGUGGAGUCGAGGCGGCAGCUGCUGACAUUCAAGCCCAACCACCGCGCCAACUGGAUUGCCUUCGCUGUUGCCAACCACAUCAACGGCAGGUUGGACGUGGCGGCUCAGAUCCUGUCAGCGUAUGAGGGCACUCUGGAGGACGAGUCGCCUCUUGAUGGGGACAAAUACGAGCACAGCGAGAUGCUACUCUACAAGGUGUCGCUGCUGGCGGAGGCAGGCAAGCACGCGGAGGCCCUGGAUGAGCUGAGCAAGAAGCAGCGGCACAUCGUGGACAAGCUGGGGUUGAGGGAGCAGAGGGCGGAGCUGCUGCACCUUACAGGCCGCAGCGAGGAGGCUAAAAGCGAGUACAAGGCGCUUCUGGCAAUCAACCCAGACAACUACAAGUACUACGAGGGGCUGCAGGCGUGCAUGGGGCUGAAGGCCAAUGAGGUUGAUGGCAGCUACUCACCGGAGCAGCUUGAGAAGCUGACGGAGCUGUUCAACGGGUUGCAGGAGAAAUACCCCAAAUCCGCUGCUGCUAAGAGAAUACCGCUGGACUUCCUGCAAGGAGCAGACUUUGAGGCGGCCCUGCAGCCACACGUGAGGCGGUUCAUCCGCAAGGGCAUUCCCUCCCUCUUCUCUGACAUUGAACCGCUCUACGACCAGCCAGGCAAGGCGGACAUAAUGGAUCGCGUCUUCACAGACAUGCUGCACUCCGUCCGCUCCUCCGGCAAAUUUCCGCCUCUCAGUGACACGUCAGCAGAAGAGGACAAAGUGAAUCCCUCUGUUCUUCUCUGGCUGCUCUAUCUGAUGGCCCAGCAUCUGGACAGGCGGGGCAAGGUGGAGGAGGCAUUGGCGAUCAUAGAUGAGGCGAUUGCCCACACGCCCACGCUCAUGGAUGCAUACCUUGUCAAGAAGCAUCGAGGCUGGCCAUGCAUCAACCCCGUCCCCAUUCCCGCCCUCAUCCUUCUCCCCCCCUCCCCUUCCUCUCUUCGCCUCCCGUCUCCUCCCAGGCGCGCAUCCUGGACAGGGCGGGAGACUUUACAGCAUCAGCGCGCCUGGCAGACGAGGCGAGGAGCCUGGACCUUACGGGCGGACAGAUACCUCAACUCGGAGGCCGUUAGUCACAUGCUCAAGGCUGAUCAGGUGGAUUUGGCAGAAAAGACAGCAGCGCUUUUCACGAAGCAUGGCGACCAGCAUGAGAACCUCUUCGAUAUGCAGUGCAUGUGGUACGAGCUGGCGAGUGGGGACAGCUACCUGAGGCAGAAGAACUACGGGCGGGCCUUGAAGAAUUACCUGGCAGUGCACAAGCACUAUAACGACAUGGUCGAGGAUCAAUUCGACUUCCACACCUACUGCCUCCGCAAGAUGACUCUGCGAGCCUAUGUCUCCACUCUCCGUUGGGAGGACCAUCUGCACGCCUUCCCCUUCUUCUGCCAGGGUGCCGUGGGUGCUGUGCGGUGCUACGUGGCUCUGCAUGACCGGCCGGUGGUGAGGGAGGAGGCGAAGGAGGAGGACAAGGCGAAGAUGAGCGCAGCGGAGAAGAAGAGACUGCAGAAGGAGCAGCGGCGGAAGAAGGAGGAGGAGGAGGCAGCAGCUGCUGCUGCAGCAGCUGCGGCGGCAGCAGCUGCCAAGGCAGCCAAGAAGGGAGGCUCGGCCAAGCCUGUGGAUGCCGACCCUGAUGGAGUGAAGCUCACUGAGGUGGAGGACAAGCUAGCAGAGGCAUCCAAGCACCUCUCCCUGCUGCUGCAGCACGCCGGCUCGGACCUCUCGUCGCUGCAAGUGGCGUUUGAAGUGUUCUCGCGGAAAAAGAAGCUGCUGCUGUGCCUGCAGGUGGUGCGGCGGUUGCUGAAGGAGCAUCCACAUGCGCCCCUCACACACACCUGCCUGGUCCGGUUCUUCCUCACAGUGCGAGACCUACCCCCGGCAGAAUCAGAAUCGGAUAAAAUCGUCCGCGCAGUGAUAGAAGCCGAGAGGGCUGACCUGGGUCUAUCUGAAGACCUGGCAGCGAGCCUGCAAGAACGAAACGAGGCUUUCCUCGAGUCGCACAAAGAUAGCUUGCCACACAGGGCAGCAGCAGCGGAGGCCAUGGCCAUGCUGGACCCCAGCCUCAAGCCGCGGGCUAUUGCCGUCAUUCACGACUCCCAAGAGCCCCUCGCGAAAAGCGGAGGUGCAUUGGCAGAGGGAGUAGGAGAGUGGUCUCUUGACGAGUGCACGACGGUGCAUCGGCUGCUGCAGGAAGGGCCUCUGGCUGAUGAGGCAGCUGCUCAAAGAUGGAUGGACCGGUGUGCGGCGCGCUUCCCCUAUUCGCAGCACUUUGAGGGAAGCAAAAGCUCUGUGAAAGCACCACCCCAAGUGGCCGAUGGGGGUGACGAGGACGGGGAGGAGGGGAGCGUCACUGCCGGCGCUGCUGCCAGGGAAAAUGGGGUGGUGGAGUAA